AUGGGUUCCUUGGAUUUCCGUAACGAGGAUCACGACUCGGACUCAAACCUGUCUCCGAUGGAAAGCGACAUGGCCAACUCGACGCCAGAUACCGAGUUCUCUCCACCAUGUAGCCCCCAGCAUAAGGCUCAAAUUCUCACGGAUACGAGACUUUCCGCUAGGAAAAAGCUGUCCCAGUUGACUCUCGAAGAGAAGGUCUCCCUCCUCACCGCGGCCGAUUUCUGGCGAACCAAGUCUAUCCCGGACAAGAAAAUUCCGGCGAUCAAGACGACUGAUGGUCCUAAUGGUGCGCGUGGAGGCAUCUUUGUCGGCGGAACUAAGGCUGCUCUGUUCCCCUGCGGCGUCUCCCUCGCGGCGACCUGGAAUAAGGGUCUGCUUCGAGAGGUUGGCCACCACCUUGCUGACGAGGUGAAGGCAAGAUCGGCCAACAUGCUCCUUGCCCCGACUAUCUGCAUGCACCGACACCCCCUAGGAGGUCGCAACUUUGAAUCCUUUUCCGAAGAUCCACUUCUCACUGGAAAGCUGUCUGCUCAGUACGUCCGUGGUCUUCAGGAGAAGGGUGUUUCGGCAACUGUUAAGCAUUUCGUCGCCAAUGAGCAGGAGACGCACCGAUUGACCAUCGACUCGGUUGUAGCCGAACGGCCCCUUCGCGAGAUCUACCUUCGCCCAUUCGAGAUUACCGUUCGAGAGGCGAACCCGUGGGCUAUUAUGUCCUCCUACAACCUUGUCAACGGCGUACACGCCGAUAUGAAUGAUCAUACUCUGAAGGAUAUCCUUCGCGGCGAGUGGGGUGCUGUCAUCUCCGACUGGGCUGGCAUGAAUUCUACGGCUGAGUCCCUCAAGGCCGGAUGUGAUAUCGAAUUCCCAUACUCGCCGAAGUGGAGAUUCGAGAAACUCAUUGACGCCCUCAAAAGGGGCCGGCUGGCACAAGAAGAUAUUGACCGUGCAGCAGAGAAUGUCCUUACCUUGGUCGAGCGUCUCAAGGGAGAGGAUAUGUCCCCCGAGGAACCCGAACGAGAAGAUGACCGACCCGAGACGAGACGGCUCAUUCGGACUGCUGGGGCUGAGGGCCUGACCCUUCUAAAGAACCAAGGAGCCGUAUUGCCUAUCAACCCCAACACCACCAAGGUUGCUGUUAUUGGCCCCAACGCCAACCGAGCGAUUGCUGGCGGUGGUGGUAGCGCGAGCCUUAACCCUUAUUACAACACCAUUCCUCUCGACUGCAUCAAGAAGGCGUCGAAGAAGGAAGUCAUCUUCGCACAGGGCUGCCACAUCUACAAGUGGCUCCCCGUCGCUUCUCCUUUCUGCACUGAAAAGUCAGGUCAACCUGGUGUGAACAUCGACUGGUAUAGGGGCGACAAAUUUGAAGGCGAGCCCGUUGUAACUCAAAGAAGGACCAACACCGACUUGUUCCUCUGGGAUUCCGCCCCUUUGAGCCAGGUCGGCCCCGAGUGGUCUGCUAUCGCCACUACCUACCUUACCCCCACCAAUACUGGACGGCACACAAUCAGCUUCAUGAGCGUAGGGCCUGGCAGGUUGUAUGUUAACGGAAAGCUCGAACUGGAUCUCUGGGAUUGGACUGAAGAGGGUGAGGCUAUGUUUGACGGCUCCAUCGAUUACUUGGUCGAGGUGGAUAUGGAAGCUGGUCGACCUGUUGAGCUCAAGGUCGAGAUGACGAAUGAACUUCGACCCAUCUCUAAGCAGAAGCAGUUCGGCAUUACUCACAAGUAUGGCGGCUGCCGCGUCGGAUUCAAGGAACAGGAUCAGGUCGACUAUAUCCAAGAAGCCGUUAAUGCCGCAAAGGCCGCCGAUGUUGCUGUCGUCAUUGUCGGUCUCGACGCUGAGUGGGAGUCCGAAGGUUACGAUAGGCAGACUAUGGAUCUCCCUGUUGAUGGCACUCAAGAUCGACUUAUCGAAGCAGUCGUCGCUGCAAAUCCCAGGACUGUCGUAGUUAACCAGUCUGGAACUCCUGUUACCAUGCCCUGGGCUGAUAGAGUCCCUGCCAUUAUCCAGGGCUGGUACCAAGGCCAGGAGGCAGGAAAUGCUCUUGCUGACGUUCUCUUUGGUAUCCAGAAUCCGAGUGGAAAGCUUCCUUGCACUUUCCCUAAGCGGAUCGAGGAUACACCUGCUUAUCACACCUGGCCUGGGGAGAACCUCAAGGUUGUAUAUGGUGAAGGUAUUUUCGUCGGCUACAGGCACUACGAGAGAGUCAAGAUCCAGCCACUCUUUCCCUUCGGACACGGUCUUUCGUACACGACUUUCGAGUACGGCCGACCCGAACUCAAGCAGCGUGUUCUCACGGAAGAUGGAACUAUCGACAUCAUCAUGGGAAUUAGCAACACGGGCACUGUCGAUGGCGCGGAGAUUAUCCAAGUUUAUGUUAGCGACGAUAGGUCCCGACUUCCCCGACCAGAGAAGGAACUUGUUGCCUUCGAAAAGGUUGCUCUUCCUGCCGGAGAAACCCGCCAUAUCCGAAUCAGUCUCGACAAGCAUGCUGUUGGAUACUACGAUACCUCUCUCAACGCUUGGAUCGCCGAGGAGGGAACGUUCAAGGUCCUCAUUGGCGCUUCUUCUGCAGACAUUCGGCAUACCGCUACCUUUGAGGUCAAGGAGUCAUUCACAUGGGUCUUCUAG